GCCCGCUCUUCCGGGCGCCGCACACUGCUUCCGUCUCCGCGUUUCCACGGCGACGCGGCGCCCCGGCUUUCUCCGGUCCUGUUGGUUCAGUGGGACCCGUUGGCAUCCAGAGAUGUCAACCCCACCUCUGGCCGGGGCGGGGAUGCCUCCCGGUGCAUUCUCAGGAACGCAGGCUCAGGCAGCUAGGGAGGUCAAUACAGCAUCUCUGUGCCGUAUUGGCCAGGAAACCGUGCAGGACAUUGUGUUUCGAACCAUGGAAAUCUUCCAGUUACUGAGGAACAUGCAGUUGCCAAAUGGUGUAACUUAUCAUACUGGAACAUAUCAAGACAGACUGGGAAAACUACAGGAGCAUCUCCGUCAGCUAUCAAUACUCUUCAGAAAACUGAGAUUAGUCUAUGACAAAUGUAAUGAAAACUGUGCUGGACUCGAUCCUAUUCCCAUAGAACAACUUAUUCCAUAUGUUGAAGAAGAUGGCUCCAAGCAUGAUGAUCGUGGUGCUGCUAGUCAGCUUCGUUUUGCUAGUGAAGAGAGAAGGGAAAUCAUGGAAGUAAAUAAGAAACUGAAACUGAAGAAUCAGCAACUGAAGCAGAUCAUGGAUCAGUUACGGAAUCUCAUUUGGGACAUAAAUGCCAUGUUGGCAAUGAGGAACUGAACAAGGAAAAUCAAACUCCAUAACAGAAAAUAUGCAAAUAUGUUCGAGUAUGCUUCAUUUUAAGAAUAAAUAUUUUUUCCUACAACUAUAUGGAAACAGUACCUUCAAGUUCAAAAUGUUUUUUUGUGUGUGUGUGUGAUGACUUAUAUGGUGUUGGCUUUGUUUUCAUAAGAGUCAUCCUGCAGAUUGUACCUGAACAAUUUGCUUAGGUUGAUUAUAAUACAUUUUGUAACUUAGAGUAAUUUGAAUUGCUGUGCAAGUUAGAUCUGUGUAAAAUAAGCAUUUCUGGAUUUUUUAAAUAAUACAUUAAAAUACAUUUUAAAUAUA